UCAAGGAUUACCUAACCCCUCACUGUGCAAUUGACAACAUUGCAAAUUUAAUUGAUGAUAUGAAGUUAGGCACCAACUAACCUCUCAGUGUGCAAUUGACAACAUUGCAGUCAUCAACGGUCACGCUGAGCAGCUCCUGCUGUUGAGUUACAGUCAAUAUAUCUUUAUCACUGCUGAUGUCAUACAAAAUGAAAAUAAAUAAAAAAAAUAAAAAUAAAAAGAUUGGUAUCAAUUUCUUCACGCACCAAUGGGAUAUGUUUCUUCUAACCUCUCAAUCUACAAUUUCAAAGACGAUGGACGACGUUUGAUUUGCUUUGCUCGUAUUAAACAAUGGUUGCCAAUUUUCUGUUUGGGUAUAAUUAGAAUAGAUAUUAUGUGUUGCGACAGGUUUUGAGAAAUUAGGAAGAGAUGGGUGAAUCGGCGGAGAGCGUGGUUACGACGGAGUCAGAAGAGAUGGUGGAAGAGAAUGGGGAAGGGGCAAGCGCGUCGACAUUUCUUCCGGAGCUGAACCUUAUCCUGAUUGUAUGUUUUCUUUCGUUAUCCAGCGACGAAAUCAAUUCCUUGGAGACGAAGAUGGUGGACAACGUUGUUAGAGAUGAUCAUCGUCCUACAGACCACGCGGUGGUUGCUGAUCUUCAUAUGAAAAGGCGACGAGUAAACGAAUUCAAGGCACUCGGUUCGAGACCGAUCAAGUUUCAAACCAAGAUCAAAGAUUGCAGGCAUUCCAGAAGAAUGUGAGGAGGGGAAACAUCGGAUAUUCCAGCAGUGACAGCAGUGAUUGUUGCAGACGUUCUAAUCGUUUUUUUUCCUAUAGAAUGUAAACGAAGAUUCAUUAAAUCUUCUUUUUUUAUUUUUACUUUUUAGUUGGACACAGGUUUGACUAUUGAUUCCUUAUUUCCUGGUAGGGAAACAGGUCGUUUUUUUUUUUUAAUGAUUGAUGUUUGUAAAAACUUUUAUAACAAAACAAUUGUAUGCACGAGGUUAUGACAAAAGAGUUACGUGUGCAUGUAAGAAAGCUUU